AUGAUUUCCAUAAUAACUCACAUUGCAGACGUUGCACUGGAUGCUAAUCUGGCAUAUUCCUAUUACGUUAGCGCCGAGUAUGUUCACUUCAGGUUAACACUUCUGUUUAUAUUGUUUCCAGCAUUCGUCAACACCGUGAUUAGCGCAAGAAUGUAUGUUGCGGAUGAAUAUAAUAUGACACUUUCUAAGAUAGCGACAAAGAGAUGGCUACUCAGAAUUUUUAUGCUGUUUUUCCAGAUGGCACCAAUUUUAAGACAUUGUGAAGUUCUGGUGUAUGCUUGGAAAUCAUGGAAAGCAGCAAAAGAGAAAGACUUCGCAAACCAGCGUCAAUAUUAUGAACUGAUGGUGAAAGAGGAUGCUGAUGCAGCACUUCUGCGUCUCUUUGAAUGUUUCCUGGAAGCAGCACCUCAACAGGUUUUACAGGGAACCAUUAUUUUAACAAGAACAAAAGAGGUUUCAGCUUUUACAUAUGACAGUCAGAUGGCAUCUUUCGGAAGCUCCAUGUUAAAUAUCGGCUGGUCUGUGGCCUCCUAUCAAAGAGUAAUACGGUUAGCACAACAAGACAAAGAAAACAUCACAUGGAAAGGAACAAUUAUACAGUUCCUCUGGCAUUUCAUGGUUACUGUUUCGAGAAUUCUGUCAAUUUCUGUGGCUUCGGUGACAUUUCCUACAGAGACUGCUGUGAUGUGUGGUGUGCACUGGUUAAUCGUGACAGUCUGGCUGUCACUGUGGGAACGCACAAACUUCUGCUUCUCACAGAAAGUAUCUGCAACGAAACAGCGAGCUGCGGAGAUACUCUUCUGCUCCGUCCUCGGCCUCAUCUACAUUUUUACGUACAUUGCACCAAAGGAUGGCCAGAACAGGAUUCGGUACUCCAUCUACUACACGAUCUGCUUUGCAGAGAACAUCAUGGCGGCGGUGACAGUGUGGGCCACAGCAGACAUGGCAAUGCAAAACGAGUGGUACUUCUAUCCACUUUUGUUAGGGUGUAUUGUGCCUUUUGUGACAGGUAUAGGUUUUAUGCUUCUCUAUUACUCGUGUUUUCACCCAGUACUGCAAAGGGUGAAGUGUUGUGAUGAAUCCAACAACAGGAACCAAACAGGAGACAGGGGGCUGCGCUCUACUAUGUCUGGCAGUUUGGGAAGGAACUUACUGACACAGGAACCUAGCAAUGAGUCUGUCAAUGAAGCUGAUGACACUUAUUGAACUGGCAGCUUGUGGUUGUGCCAAAGUGCUAAGAAUUGAGACAAAAUCUCAUGAGGAGUCACAGCAGGAUAAUGGUGAAGAAAAUGUGCAAAGCAGUAGACAUGAUGUACCUCUUCUACCCAAUAUUGAAGUACACCACUGUAACAAUGAGCCACAAAGUAUUGUUGUUAGUCAGUGUAAGGUUUUUUACUGAAGCAUUCUUUCUUUAUUCAUAUAG